AUGUCAAUUCUCUUUUUGACAGGUCAUCCUGGAAAAGUUAGUAUUAUGGCUACGGCUAUUUCGCCAUUUGCGUCUACGAAAGAGACUACCAAUUAUGCAAGACUAUGCCGCCUCCUGGUGGAUGUUGGAUCUCAGGUGCUUCGGUCCACUUUUGACAGAAUACAUCCACCAGCGACUCUACAUACAGUUUUGGGAAGUACCUCAGUGCAUUACGCCACAUUGCAAUCACUGUACAAAGGGAGGAAGAAAGUGCUUAAUCCUACACAAUGGGGAAAGUUGUACCCUUCUCACGCACCCGUGUCUUCUGCAGCCUUCGAUAUCACACUUCUAACGGUGCUUCUUAGAAAUAUCUGUGGUUUGGGCCCUCCUGUCAAUGGAUGGGAUCGUCUUCCCCUAGUUAUAAAUAUAAGCAUUGCAGAUGACAUCGCCAGAGUGAAGUAUUACAGGAACACUGUAUACGGCCAUGCUUCUCAAGCCUCUGUGGAUGACAGUAGUUUCAGUGCUUACUGGCAGGAAGUAAGAGAAGCUUUGGUGAGACUGGGAGGAGCUCGUUUUAGAGCUGAAAUCGACAAUCUUGAGCACGACUGCAUGGAUCCAGAUGUCGAGGAGCAUUAUCGUGAACUGAUGAAACAAUGGAAGAAAGACGACGACAGCAUCAAAGACAAGCUUGAAGAAAUUGAAGGUAAGGAAAACAUUGUCCACUGCCAAUGUGGAUGAAUCAGAAGGCUACAAAAGUAUAUAUUUCCAGUUAACACAGCAGUGCAGGCUAGCUCAUGAAAUUUCAUUUGGGUCGGAACUAGUCUUAUAUUUUGAAGGUAUUUUUGCGUCAUGUGUGAAGAAUGAAGAAUUAACCCUAAUGUUGAAACUGUGUGUUCAUUUGUAGUAUUUUGAUCUUUUCGUGGGUACUCGUGUGCAACUGCUGGACUGCAUUUUUGUGACUUCUAAGCGUCUUAUUGAGUUUGAUCUGUUCGGAAUGGACUAGAUAUUGACAUAGGUAUCAUUGUUUUAUCUGUUCCUAAACGUGAAACGGUGAUAUAAAUUUGCUUAUAAAAAUGCGCAUACUUUUUGAAAUUUUCAGAUUCGCUGGAAAACAUGAGAAGCAUUAUGGAGAGAAACUUCAGAGACACAACUAACAAGAUAGAGAUUGAUAUGAAAGAGGUGAAAGAAAAGCUUACCAGUCUGACGGCCUCAGCUGAAAAAAGUACACAAGAAGGUUAGUUGGUAGAAAGAGCUACCCACUGAAAACAAAAGUUUUGAAGAGCGACAGUCUUUUUGAGUACCUGACGCAGCUCUUGUGCAUGAUGACGGUAAUCUCUGGAUGUCGGCCAACGCAGCAUACUUUGGUAAUUUACUGAUCUAAGGGUACCCCCCUGCCACCACUCACACUGGCCAUACAUGAAGAUACUCUAUAAUGUGUGGGAUGCCACCGAAUGUGGGAUAUUAUGUCCUGGCUACCUCUCGGAUAUGAUGGUGUUUUGACAGCACUCACACAUAUGUAUGAUCGUAGGCAAGAUAGGUGAUAUAAAUUUGCUUAUGAAAAUGUGCAUACCUUUUAAAAUUUUCAGAUUCGCUGGAUAACACGAGACACACAAUUGACAAGAUAGAGAUCGAAGUGAAAGAGGUGAAAGAGAAGCUGGGUAGUCUGACGGCCUCAGCUGAAAAAAGCGCACAAGGUUAGUUGGUAGAGAGAGCUACUCACAGCAAAGAAAUUAUUAAGAGUGACACUGUUUUCUUGGGUACAUAACGCAGCUCGUAUGCAUGACGACGGUAAUCGCUGGAUGUCGGCCAACACAGUAUACUUUACUAGUCUAAGAGCACCCUAGUCACCACUGGCACUGGCUUUACAUGAAGAUUUUAUGUAAUGUGUGGGAUGCCACGGAAUCUUAGAUUUUGCCCCUGGCUACCUCUCGGAUUUGAUGGUGUUUUGACAGCCCUCAUACAUAUGUAUCAUCGUAAGCGGGAUAGUUUAUCGUCUUGUUUUAGUAUUACCUUUCUUAUAAUGAACCUAACUUCCUAGUAGCGAUAGAUGUGACCCGCAUAUUCCCGAAUGAAACCAAAUCCUUCCUCCUGGCGUAUUGUGGAGUAUUCAAUUCUACAUGGGAAAAUAGUUUAAUGUGGAUCGUCUUGAGUAAAAUAGGUUAGAAUAAGAUGUAUGUGGUUAUUUUACAUUUCCUGAGGAAAAGACUGUCGGCAAAACCUCCCACUUGAUCGCAGGCGAGUCUCUAGAUUUCUCCAGCUUUGAAUCACCGCGGUGUUGGGUAACUCAUGAUGUUUUCAUUUUGGACGGAACCAGUCACAUACUUGGAACGUUAUUCUAGCGUUAUGUGUGAAAAAUGAAGAAUUAACCCAAAUGUACACAUUGUUUUCAUGGGCAAUAUUUUUUCUGUUCGUGGGUACUCUUUUAUUACUGCUGAAGUGCAUUUUUGUAAUUUCUAAGCGUCUUAUUGAGUUUGAUCUAUUCGGAAUCGACUAGUUAUUGAUAUACGUUCCAUUGUUUUGUUUGCGCCUAAACGUGAAUCUGUGGUGUAAAUGUGCUUAUGAAAUUGCGCCUAUCUUUCUUACAUUUCCAGAUUCGCGAGAAAAGAUGAGACACGACCUCAGAGACACAACUGAGAAGAUAGAGAUUAAAAUGAAGGAGAUUUUAGAGACGCUUAGUAGCCUGACGACCACAGUGGAAAAAAGCACAGAUGAAGGUUGGUUACUAGAAAGAGCUACUCACAGAUAAACUGAACUAUCAACAGGGAUUCUGUUAACACAUCUUUUGAGCAUGACCACAUUAUUCGCGUGAUGUCAGACAAUUUAACAUUUUCUUAGGUAAUGUAUUGUUGUAAGAGCACACCUUGGCUUUUAACCUGCUCUGGCUACAAAUGAAGAUACUUGGUAAUGUGUGGGAUGAAUGGGAUGGUAUGGAUGUGAGACUACCUCUCGGUGUUGGAUAGUUUUCUGACAGCACUCAUACAUAUUUAGCCGAGAAUGUUAUUGUCCUAUACUAGUUUUACUUUUGUUGAGGAAAUAAGGAGAAAUGAGAGGGCAGAAAGGCGUUCUUUGGUUUUUAUUAAUUAGUUCUUACAGUGUCGCUUUUACUGACCAAAAUCUUUCUCAGACUAUCGGCUCCAAUGAUAUCAAUAUUUAUAUCUUGGGUUUCACUAUAAGAGACCGCUGACCUGGGCCAAAAGGUUUUUUAGAAUGUUGUAUAGAAUAAAAAGAAAACACAAAGGAAGGGAAAAGGAUCUAUUUAGUUAACUUUUAAUAAAUAAAGUGACUCUCACUCGGACUAAAAAUUUCCAAUGUUAUUCCACGAAAGGGUCUCUUGAGAAAAUGAGAAGCGAAAUGGCAAAGAUGGACAAUGAACUUAAAGAAGUGAAGGAAAAGCUGUGUACUUUGGCAACCCCUGUGGGAGAAAGUAAGAAUGAAGGUCAGUUGAAUUAUACAAUAAAAGUUAUCCUUCUUAACCGCAAAUUUAGCCGUAGUUAACAAUGUUCUGCAUGUAAGAGAGAGAUCAUCCUAUCUUAGAGAGAUUCAGUUUUUCAAUUUAAACAAUCUCUGGAAUAGUCUCUGUGGUGUGCUUUCAUUCCCUUCAAUUUAAACUUUUACCCGUAAUUAGCCCGGAAACAUUACAUUUUUAUUAGAAGGGAGAACGAUAUAAAAAUAAAGUACAGUUUUGACGAAAAUAUUGGCAUUAAGUUCGGCUCCAUGUUCGAAAUUAACUGAGCAGGUUCGACGGCAUUUAUAAGCUAAAUGGCCUUUGGUCAUUAAAUUAACAUGAAUCAUACAUUGAUACCUUUUCGUCAUUGUCCAAGUAAUUUCUUUGGCAAUGGUGUCGAACUCGUUCACUUAUUUAAAUUCAGUGCCGAAUACCUAGCAGCAUUAAAUGUGAUCCGCAUAUUUCUGAAUAAAAUAGCUAAACCCUUCCUUCGCUCAUAUUGUGGAGUAUUCAAUUCUACAUGAGAAAAUAGUUGAAUGAGGAUCGUCUCGAGUAAAAUAGGUUAGAAUAAGAUGUAUGUGGUUAUUUUACAUUUCCUGAGGAAAAGACUGUUGGCAAAACCUUCCACUUGAUCGCAGGCGAGCCUCCAGUUUUCUGCAACAUUUGUGAUGAAACCGCGUGACAAAGAAGGCAGAAAGGCGUUGUUUGGUUUUCAUUUAUUAGUUCGUAGUCUCGCUAUAUCCCGAAAAAACCUUGAUCAGAUUAUGGCCCCAAUAAUAUGAAUAUUUAUCUCCCGUGUAAUUUAUUUUACAACAGAAAUUCACUUUUAGACACCGGUAAAGCCGAACAAACAGAGGAGGUUCAACUGAAUUCAUAAUCUAAAUGGCUUUUAAUCAGUAAGCAUGAAUCAUACACUAAAACCUUUUUGCGUAGUCCUAGUAAUUUCUUUGGCAACGGUAUCGUACUCAUUCGCAUAUUUAAAUUCAGUGCCGAAUACCAGAGAGGUAUCAUAAUUUUCAACGCUGCAUUCAUUAGAUUUCUUACUUAUUUUGCUACUACUAGGUAUUUUUGAUCCAACUGAACUUAUCAAUGGAAUUCGCCAGCUGUACAAGACUAGUGAGGGAUGGCUCUCACCAUUUCCAUGGUGUGAAGAGUUUCAGUUUUUUCUUGGAAAUAUUUUUACAAGGCUCAAAGUGGUCAGAAGAAAGAAAACGAGAGGAGAAAUCACUGACGUAUUUGUUGACAUGUCGUCAAUACUAGACCCGUAUGAAGAGUGUUCAGCGCCGAGAACGGUGUUGAUUGAAGGAGAACCUGGUAUGGGAAAAACCACCUAUUGUAAAAAGUACGCCUACGACUGGGCCGCAAAACAGCAAGCACCUCAGGGCUGCGGCUCAACAGCAUUAAAAUUGGUAUUGUCGCUGAAAUGUCGAGAUAUCCACUCUGACGUUUGGGAAGCCAUUGAUGAUCAGCUGCUGCCCCUAGGCAUCGAUGAAAAAGUCAAAGAACAAUUUUUUCAGUUUAUUCGUGAAAAUCAGUCCAGCAUUUUAUUGAUAUUGGAUGGAUUGGAUGAGUUACCAUCCGGGAAAUUGUCGAUGUUUUCCAAAUUAAUUGAAGGAAGAGAACUCCCUAGAUGCCACAUAGUUGCAACAGCAAGACAAGAAGCUGGAAAAGAGGUGAGAAAAUGUUGUGACGCGCUGCUUCAAAUCGAAGGAUUCACUGAAAAGCAUGUGAUAGAAUUUGUCAUCAAGUACUUUAAAGAAAGGCCGGAUUUAGCCACCAAGCUCUCGCAACGGAUGUCGCGAGAUAAAAACCUGACAGAAAUAGCGGCCAAUCCUCUAAAUACAGCACUUCUUUGCCUUUUAUGCGAAGAGUUUGAGGGCACACUCCCCGAAAGCAGAGCUCAACUGUACUUGGAUAUGGUUGAAUGUGUUUUGAGAAGAUAUAGAAAAAAGAAGGGACUAUUAGAAAAGAUCGAAGACCUGACAAACUAUUACAAACCGCAAUUGAAUCACCUUGGAAAGGUAGCGUUGAAGGGUUUACUUGACGAUAAGCUGGAUUUAAAUGAAAGUGAAUUGAGAAACCAUGCAAAAGACCUGACUGAAUUUGGGUUUCUGUCAGUGCAGCCUGGUGGCAGCAAACUGAGACAAACACUGCAUUAUGCCUUCUUACAUAAAAGUUUUCAAGAAUUCUUUGCAGCAUUCUUCAUUUGUUCUCAGAUUCAAAGCAAGGAAAUGAAACCUGAAGAACUAGUUUCCGAUCCAAAGUAUUUCGUUGAACUUAAACAAAUACUUUUGUUUUCGUGUGGAAUUUUGGCCAUGAAAUGCGAUGAACAGGUUGUGGCUCUGGUAAAGAGUUUAACAAAUAAAGUGAACAAAAAGAAAGGCGGUGGUGCAAAAAUUGUAGUGGAGGCCAUCAACGAAUGCAAAAGAGAAAAAAGUGAUUUUCACUCUUAUUUAUCGAAGUUGUUUGGAACUGGUUUGAAUCUGACCAAUUUGGAUUUGUCUUUCAAUGGUAUUAGUGAUGCGGGUGCUACAUGUAUUGCUGAGGCAAUCAAAGUGAACAAGACGCUAACCAAUUUGGAUUUGCGAGGUAAUGGUAUUAGUGAUGCGGGUGCUACAUGUAUUGCUGAGGCAAUCAAAGUGAACAAGACGCUAACCAAUUUGGAUUUGUCUGGGAAUGGUAUUAGUGCUGCGGGUGCUACAUGUAUUGCUGAGGCAAUCAAAGUGAACAAGACGCUAACCAAUUUGUAUUUGCCUGUGAAUGUUAUUAGUGAUGCGGGUGCUACAUGUAUUGCUGAGGCAAUCAAAGUGAACAAGAUGCUAACCAAUUUGGAGUUGUCUGAGAAUGGUAUUAGUGCUGCGGGUGCUACAUGUAUUGCUGAGGUAAUCAAAGUGAACAAGACGCUAACCAAUUUGUAUUUGUGUGGGAAUGGUAUUAGUGCUGCGGGUGCUACAUGUAUUGCUGAGGUAAUCAAAGUGAACAAGACGCUAACCAAUUUGAAUUUGUCUGAGAAUGGUAUUAGUGCUGCGGGUGCUACAUGUAUUGCUGAGGCAAUCAAAGUGUACAAAACGCUAACCAAUUUGUAUUUGUGUGGGAAUGGUAUUAGUGCUGCGGGUGCUAUAUGUAAUGCUGAGGCAAUCAAAGGGAACAAGACGCUAACCAAUUUUUAUUUGUGUGGGAAUGGUAUUAGUGCUGCGGGUGCUACAUAUAUUGCUGAGGCAAUCAAAGUGAACAAGACGCAAACCAAUUUUGAUUUGCCUGGGAAUGGUAUUAGUGCUGCGGGUGCUACAUGUAUUGCUGAGGCAAUCAAAGUGAACAAGACGCAGUAG